UGAUCCCAAAUUUAUCCUUUAAUUUCGUAACCUAUAAUCUAUAUUUCACAAGACAGAUGAGAAAUAAAUUAAAGUUAACUAAUUGCACAAAGUUAAAUAAAUAUACCUGUUAUUAUAAAAGUUAACUAUAAAAUUAAUAAAAUGGAAGACGACAGUGAACAAGACAAUAUCAUCGAAGAGGAUUAUUACACAUUUUUAAAUGUCUCAAAAAACGCAACACCUGAAGAAAUUCAUCAUGCAUAUAGACGACAAAGUAGACUUGUACAUCCUGACAAACACGUUGAUCCAAUAUUAAAAAAAAAAGCUGAAGUAUUGUUUAGUAGAACAAACAGAGCAUACGAAGUAUUGAGUGAUCCACAUCAACGAGCAAUUUAUGAUUCAUUGGGUAUUCGUGGUCUUGAAACACAAGGCUGGGAAAUUGUACAAAGAACUCGUACACCACAAGAAAUACGUGAAGAAUAUGAAAGAAUUGCUAGAGAAAGAGCUGAAAGACGUCUUGAACAACGUACAAAUCCAAAAGGAAAUUUAACAAUUCAUAUAAAUGCAACAGAUUUAUUUAAUAAAUAUGAAGAUGAUUAUGAGGGUGGUGAUGGUUUAUUUGGUGGUAUUGAAGUUAGUGGUAUGUCAUUUCAACAAUCAAUUGAAGCACCAUUAACAUUACGUGAUACAUUAACAUUAUAUGGACAAGUUGAUACACAAAAUGGUACUGGUAUUGGUUCAGUUAAUUUUUCUGGUAGACGUUCAUUUUCAUCAAAAAGUUGGAUGGAACUUGAUGUUGGUAUUGGUAAUGGACCAGUUGUAUCAUUAAAAGGCUAUCGUUCAUUAACACAACGUUUAUUUUUUACUGGUGCAACAAUGUUACAAUUUAAAACAAAUGAAGCACGUCCUGGUCUUGUUGGUUCACUUGGUUUACAAUUAGAUAAACGUACUGUUGGUUAUUUAACAUGUAAAGCUGGUUUACAAAAUGCCAUGUCAACAAUGAUUGUCAGAGAAACACAAAAUUCUUAUACAUCAUUUACAAUACAAUUUGGUUAUUUAAGUACAUUUGCAAGUUUAAAUUAUACUUAUAAAUUGGCUGAAAAAAAAAUGAAAUUACGUGGUGCAAUUAAAGCUGGUACAACUGGUGCAUAUAUUGAAUAUGGUGCUGAAAAAAAAAUAUCAAAACAUAGUACAUUAUCAGCAGCAGUACGUGUUGCAGUACCAGCUGGUGUAACAUUAAGAAUAAAAUUAGUACGUUCAUCACAAACAUAUUUAUUUCCAAUUCAUUUAUGUGAAGAAAUAUUACCAGCACCAGUAUUUUAUGCAACAGUUGCACCAAUAAUAACAUGGACAAUUAUUAAAAAAUUAAUAAUUGAUCCAGUUGUUAAUGAACAACGUGAAAAAGAAAAAGAUAAACAAAAAGAAUUAAAUAAAUCAAGAAUGUUGGAAAAAAAAAAAGAUGCUCAAGCAGCAAUAUGUUUAAUGAUGGCAACAUUUAGUAGAAUACGUAGUGAUGAAGAAGCUAAAGGUGGUUUAGUUAUAACAAAAGCAGUUUAUGGACGUUUUGUUUAUCCAAAUAAACAUAAUUAUAAUGAAGAAAUUGAAACUGAUAAUAGAGAUGAUGUUAUUGAUGUUACAAUACCAUUACAAUGUUUAGUUGUUGGAUCAAAAUUAGUACUUCAUGAAGCAUCAAAAAGUGAAUUACCUGGUUUUUAUGAUCCAUGCUUUGGUGAAGACAAACAGCUAUUGUUACAAUAUUUAUUUCAUCAUCAGACACACGAGUGUGUUAUCAAAGACACAGAACCACUGAGAAUACCAAUACAAUCUCAUCGUGUCAAUCCAACAUGACCAAAAAAACAUCAACAU